UCGCUCCUGGACUUUGAGCAGAGCUUUGAUCCCGAGCAGGGACAGUUUGCCGGGACUCGUGUCUCCCGCAGGUGCCCGGUCUGGCCCCAGAGAAGGGCAGCAUCUCUCCGUGCGGCCGGGCCGGGAUGGCUGCGCGGGUGUCCGUGCUGCCCUCCCUCCGGUGCCUGUUCGAUGACCCUGUGCAGAUCCGUGUGGCCGGUCUGCAGCCGCAGCAGGCGGUCACGCUCCGAGCCAGCCUGCUGGACGAGAGCGGCGAGCUUUUCCAAGCACACGCUCUCUACAGGGCUGGGAACAGCGGGGAGCUGGACCUCAGCCGCUCCCCGGCCCUGGGGGGCAGCUAUUUGGGAGUGGAGCCGAUGGGGCUGCUCUGGGCUCUGCAGUCCAAAACGCCCUAUAAGCGGCUGGCAAAGAGGAACGUCCUGACCCCUUUCAAUGUGGACUUGGAAGUGUAUGAGGGCCAUGGGGACAUGAGCCGCUUGCUGGGAAAAUGCACCAAUGAACGAUGGUUUUUAGGAGAGGGGGUGAAGAGGAUUUCGGUCAGAGAAGGUCGUCUCAGAGCAACCCUCUUCCUCCCUCCCGGACCUGGCCCAUUCCCUGGACUUAUUGAUUUGUAUGGAUCUGGAGGAGGUCUUAUUGAAUACAGAGCAAGUCUCCUGGCUAGCAGAGGCUUUGUGACUCUGGCUCUUGCUUACAUGUCCUUUGAAGAUAUCCCUGCUAUGCCACAGAUUCUUGAACUGAGCUAUUUUGAGGAGGCUGUCAACUUUUUGCGGAAGCAGCAGCAGGUGAAAGAUACUGGGAUUGGUGUUUUGGGCUUGUCUAAAGGAGGUGAUCUAGCCCUUUCCAUGGCCACAUUUCUACCUGGCAUCAAGGCAGCUGUCAGCAUAUCUGGAAGUUGCUUUAACUCCUUCAUUCCCCUGAAAGGGAAUGGUUUCACUCUUCCUGUUCACCCAUAUGACUUGGGGAGGAUGAAGAUCAGUGAUGAGUCUGGACUAGUAGAUUUUUCAGAUGUCUUAGACGAUCAUAUGGACCCAGCAACUUGGGAUUGUCGCAUUCCUGUGGAGAAGUCCUUAGCCAAGUUCCUCUUCUUGUCUGGCCUGGAUGACAUGAACUGGAAGAGUGACCUCUAUUGCCGGGAUGCUGUUCAGCGCCUUCAGCAGCACGGCCGGCAAGUGGAGUUUUACUCCUAUCCUGGAGCAGGGCACCUCCUGGAGCCACCAUACUUGCCUCUGUGCAAAGUUUCCAUCCACAGGGUGCUUGGGAUGUUUGUGCAUUGGGGAGGGCAGUGGAGAGAGCAUGCUAGAGCACAAGAAGAUGCAUGGCGCAGGAUACAGGCCUUUUUCUGGCAACAUUUGAUGGACUCAGACAUCCCUAUGAGUAAGCUGUAGUGGAAACUGUCGUAGAUGCUAGCUAGGGAUGAUAUUUCAGCACUCACUGGAUCUUGGAAACUCACCAGAAGUUUCCUGGACUGCCUUCCUCUAAAUCCCACUGUUGCAUAGUUGUUUAUUCUCAUUCCCCAAAUAAUUUCCCAUUUUUAGUUGAAUUUCAGUUGACUUCUGGCCCCACCUUCACAGUAGACUGGCACCAUCUGUAGUCUAAAAACAACCCAGCAUCCCAUCAUCUAAAUUACGUUUGUGCUGAGAUAUCUUUAUCCUCAAUAUGCAACCAUCUCCUUUCAUAAGAGGAAAUACUCUCACAGGAGGAGUUUUCCAUUGAAUGGUUUAGCGUUGCACCUUUAAGUAACCUAGAUAUAAACAGCACUUUUGUUGGA